AAUAACAACCAUACUUUUAUGGCAAGUCCUAAACGUAAAAGAAAAAUGUGGGGUUCGUCUAGUAGUAGUGCGAAAAAGUCUAGGCGCAAAUCGAAGUCGUCUAUGAGUGGCGCCAUCGACGAAGCUGCGGCGGAAGCUAUUUUCGCUGAGCUCGCAGACGAGGAGGAUCCGACUGUUAUCGAACUUGAUGGCAUUGCGACCUUGUGCGAGAAGCUCGAUCUCGAUCCAGAAAGCGACAUAAGAAUCCUGGUGUUGUUGUGGAAGCUAGGCAGUAACGAGAAACCUGCGCAAAUUUCGAAGGAAGAAUUCAUGGAUGGGUGCCACAACUUACAACUCGAUUCUAUCGAAAAGUUCCGAAAUUUGUUACCAGCAUUAGAUACAGGAUUCCUGGACCAAGACGAGUUCAAAAGCUUCUACAAGGUAGGUUCUUUUGUGAUUGACAAUCUUGGCUGUGGAAGACGGCUUUUGUAUCAAAGUUGUUUACUGUAAUUACUUCUUGUCAUUGGAACAUAUCGAUAAGUUUUUUCGUGUUCAAAAGCAUUCUUUGUGCCCACUUUACAUUGUAGGUAUUCCGCUCAAAAUCAUUGAUUUGCAUUUUCCCACUUCAUCCUAGUUUUGUUUUCAAUUUAAUCGACAGGGAACACAUCGUACGCUAGACAAGGACAUGGUAGUAGCAUUGUGGCAAAUGGUGUUGAAAGACAGAAUCCCAGACGAACGAUUGGAAACGUUUUGCGAAUUUACUGAAACACAGAAGUCUUAUACACGCAUCACUCUGGAUCAAUGGACAAGCUUUUUGGAUUUUUGCCACGAGUGCGAAGACUUGAGUACAUACGAUGAAAGUAUGUCGGCAUGGCCUGUCUUGAUUGACGAAUACGUCGAGUACAUGGAAGAAAAACAAAAAAAAUAAUUAAGCGAGUACCGUGCAAGGACAUGAUAGGAAGCAAAUAAUCUAAUAGGGGCUUGACAAAGAUCCGAGAAAGUAGAGAUUGAAAAACUAAAGCGAGAAUCAUUUGAAUAUUGGAUUCAGUAAUAAGUCGAAUGUGUACAUCUUCUUCUUGAUGCUUCACCGCACUCCACGCUUGAUUAUUUCCAACUAUUUCGAUUUUUGCGGAAUCCUAUGGCUCUGCACAAAGUUUUCUUUUACACCAUCCGAACCAUCCACUAACAAUCCUGUACCGCGACACGGUGGUGGCCGCAAAGAAAAAGUUUUAUUGUUUUACUCUACCGAGCUCAUUAUCUGAUGCCGUACUGAUUCGUAUUGAAAUAUCAUAGGUGUUCCUUAAUAAAUGUAUCGAGCUCGGGUUCACUUGAGCCUCGACAAGUUCCUACAACGGUGUCUCCUUGGACGAUGAUGAAUGUUGGCAUCAUCGCUACAGAGUACUUUCCUGAAAUAUCAUCAAAAUCAUCAACGUCAACUGUGAUGAAAUCAUAGCCCGGAUUUUCUUUACAUUUUUGUUGAUAAAAUGGGUGGAUCUUUUUGCACGGUUGACACCAACUGGCAGUAAACUUGACGACCACUU